AAGACCAGAAGGCUGCACUCGGCUGCGACCGCAGGAUCUCGACGGGACGAGCAGAGCAGUGGCAGGAGCAUCCGACAGAACCUCCGUCAUCCAUCGCUUGUGGCAAGGCGAGGAGCAGAUUCGGCAGUAGAGUAGAGUGCGUUGGGCCGUUUCCAGCGUAGCGCAAGCAGCAGAGCGUGGCGUGGCGUGGCAUGGCAUGGCAUGGGUUUCCUUCUCGUUUCUGUGGCUCCCGUCGCUGCUUCUUCUGCCGCUCGGUUGCUCCCUCCAUCGGCAGCAGGUGUCGUGCAGUCGGAAUUUUGUAGCCUUUCGUCGCGUGUAGCGACGAAUUUUGAUUCUCUUGUGGGAGAAUUUGUAGCUGAGGAUUUUGGGCUGGGGUGGACAGGCAGAAACGGAAGGGAUGGUUGUUGAAUUUGGGCGAGGGUGAGGAAAUGCAGGCUGAGGACGUUUUGCAGGGCCGAUUGUUUGUGUCCGGGAGGAGGGCGGGAUUUUCUGUGGAGGUGGGCAAUUUUGUACCGCUUGGGUGGAAGAGUUGUGAUUAGAAAUGUAGGUUUGGAAAGCGCUGGUCGCCGGGGGUUGCGUUCUGAGCAGGAUUCUGGAGACAGGCGAGUGGAUUUCAAUUCGGAGCAGGGCUGAUAGAUUUUUCUGGAAUUUGGCGAAUCAGCAGGGUUUAUUCUGGUAAUUAUGCAGGAUGCAAGCUUCGGUGUCCCUUGGGAGCAGCUCAAACGUGGUGCUGUCAUCGCAAGGUGCUCAUAACGCUAUCGGGGCCAAGGCUGGGGCCAGCACCAGCCAUUCACGGGACGUCGGGUCUGCGCGAUGGCAGAAAUUUCAAAAGCCAUUUUUCACAGGAGAUUUGCCGACUCUCGCUUCUCGUUUGAAUACAAGUUCCACUAUCCCCCUCCGGCCACCUUACAACCACCGGAGCCAGGCAUUUACCCGAUUUUUCAUCAAUGGCCGUAAGUGGGGGCAGAAGGACCCCCACACCCCGGAGCCUCAAAAUGGUGCUGAAACUUCCUCGGUCAAGCAUUCGUGGGUCCAAAAACAGAGCACAAAUCUUUUACAAAAAUCCGCGUGGGUGGCCGCUGUAUUGUUAAUGGGAGGUGGAGCUCUGUAUGGGCAGGCCAAAGCUCAGGCUUACAUCGAGACCACAUUCUUACCUCCUGUCGCAGCCAUGGUUGGGGAGUACUUCGGCAGAGAAAUCGAGUUGGGAAAAGUGCAGAGUCUCUCUCCGUUAGGGCUAACGCUCGGACCAUGUUCAGUCGGUACGCAUGAGGAUGAAUUCUCGUGUGGGGAGAUUCCUGGUGUGGAGAUCAGAGUUCUCCCUCUUGCGAGUCUUCGCAGAGGGCAGCUUGUUGUGGACGCCGUACUAGCUCAACCCCAUCUGCUCGUUUCUCAGAAGGAGGAUUGGACUUGGCUCGGAAUUCCGCUUACAGCAGAUGAAAAGAAAAAAAUGCGGCACAGCUCUGAAGUGAAUCUGGACUCCCGAACACAGGUUAGACGGCUAUCUCGAGAGCAGCAGGGGCAGAAAUUUACGAUAAUUCGCAAUCAAGCGGCAAGAGAGGCUGCACUCAGCGGGUACAGACUCGCUAGAGUAGGUGCAGAGAGUGAUAGUAAAAGAGUCUCUUCUACCAAGUCCAGUAUGCUCGUAGCAUAUAAAGUCCAGUCCACGGUUGACAAGCAGAGUAAGGAUCAGCCGAUAGACGUGGAAGACUCCGAGAACGAGGAUGGAAUAGAUACGAGUUCGAAUUAUCUAGGUGAAGUGGAUGGAAUAAAGGCAGGACAACACGUUGAGGAGAGAUUGAACGAGAGCGAAGAACUCAACAGUUUGAAUGAAUGGAAGAACAGUAUAAUUGGAGCUAAGGUUUGGUUGGACACCAACAUGCUGAAGCCAGUCAAACGCAGAGUGCUUCGACGGUGGACUAACCAAGGAAUCAAACCUAUGACAAAGGUCGCUUUGCAGAACAAGAAUCUUGAAAGAAGCGGUGCAGCAGCGCGAGCUUAUUUUGAAAGGUUGGACCGGUCGCAGUCUCCAGAAAUGAAAGGCGGAGGAAGCGGUGCUCUUGAAAAUUCCAGUGAUGUGAAUCUUGUGAAAGACAAUGACGCGAACGAUCAGAUGAAGAUGGCCUGGAGUGCAGCAAAUGAAAUUCUACUUCCCCCUGAGCAAAGUUCCAAAGCAAUCAAGCUCCCUCCUAUUGUCAGUCCUGACACACCCAUAGUGGAUGGUUACAGAGGAAUAUUCUCAAGUGGUAAUCGACCUUCGCUGUCCCUAUCUAGUGCCCUGGGCGCCAGGCAACAAAGAAAGCUCGAAGGGAAAGCUAGAGCUUCAUUGGAUAAACCUCUGCUACAUGUCGAACAUUCACUAUGGAAGCAAAAGAGCCAGGCUGAGCAUGUGAGUUUUAGGAGAUAUGGUGGCAGGCAGCACUGGCGUAAAUCGUUGGGAAGGAGACUCGCGGGUUUAGACAGACAAGUUGGAGUUGAUUUAGAGUCUUCAGAGAAGAAACAGGACGAUGUAACAAGUUGUAAGAAUGCAGUUGUGGACAAUCGGUCAGACACUGAGGAGGGAUGCUCCAUGACGACAGAAGAAAUCGUGAAAGAGCUUCUAGUACAGGCCGUACGGGAUCGGCAGGAAGCCAUCAGAGAUCAAAUUAGUAAGGCAUCGAUUUCUGGCAUGGAGUCAGCCGACUUUAAUACCGAUCAGCUUGGUGGGAAUGUGCAGUUGUUUGGAAGUUCUAACGAGGGAGUUUCGGGAGACUUGAAUUCUCUUGUGACUUCUGAGGAUCAAGAAGAGCUGAGCAAUGUCCAGUCCCCAAGCGAUAUUAUCUUUGAUGAAAAGGAUGUAUUGGAUCCGAUUUCUUCUCACCACACAAUACAGACUGACCCACGUUCCAAUUCUGAAGGGGACGUUGGAGACUUGCCAUCUGGUAUCACAGAGAAGCACAUACACUUCGCUAGUUUCAAAGAACCAUACAGAGAAGCUGCCAGUUCGCCUGGUCCAUUCACUGCUGAGAAUGAGCCUAACUCGUCUACGCUCCAGAGCGACUUUCUAUUUGAGAAGGAAGUCUGUCGAGAGCCACACCAAGUCGACAGGUCUCUCAACCGAGAGGACGCGCACAUAAGGCAGGCGGAGACAGAUGAUGACAUUGGAGGCAGUGAGAAACCAAAUUCAAGGGCUACCAAUGUGGAUUCGCCGCGUAGGCCGCUAGUGGCUCUUAACUCUGUAUACUUCAAGGAGGGCAGUCUCAUGCUGCUAGCUUAUGGAGAUCGUGAGCCCCGAAUUAUGGAAAAGGCAGCCGGAGUAGUAAAGUUCGGAAACAGCUAUGAUCAAAUCAAUGUUCGGGUAACUGGUAACCCAAAAGAAUGGAGAACAGAGAACAUAAAGGGCGAUGGAGGAAAGAUAUUUGUGAAAGUGGCUGUUGAUCUCGCAAAGCAGGAGUGGCACCUGAAAGUUCGAGCUCGCAAUCUGUAUGCUCCGCUGUUUGAGAAGCUCUUGGAAGUGCCCUUGGACUGGACUGGGGGCAGGGCAAAUGGGGAGGUUCAUGCGUGGAUGCUGAAAGAUGAUCAGUUUCCCAAUUUUGGGGGUCGUGUGGACAUAAAGGGGCUUGAUUUUUCCAUUUGGGAUGCCCCUGCGCCAUUCAAGGGAGUAAAUGGAACUCUUUUUUUCCAAGGACAAAGAUUAUUUUUCCAUAAUACUUCAGGCUUGUACGGCGCAAUUCCUUUGCAAGUCUCUGGAGAUAUGGACUUGAACCCUGAUGAGGGAGAGUAUCGUCUCAGCUGUCAGGUUGCCGGUGUGGAAGCCAAUGCUCUCAUGAGAACACUCAAGGCUCAACCUCCUCCAUAUCCUCUGGCAGGGGCAUUGAAAGCAGUUGUACAUUGCCGAGGUCCUUUGGAUGCUCCUAUCUUUGAGGGUACUGCUGAAGUAUCUGGGAAACAUUUGCCAUUGGUCUAUGAGUCUCCCGCUUCAACCGCAGUAACCGCGAUCAAAGAUAAUCAUGCUGUUGGGGCAGUAGCCGCUUACGAUCGCAUACCAUUUACAUCGGCGUCUGCAAGCUUCACCUUCAACACCGAUAAUUGUAUGGCUGAACUAUAUGGAGUAAAAGCAGUGCCGGUUGGUGGUGGCGAGAUACGCGGCGGUGGCAAUCUGUGGAUUUGUCCGGAAGGAGAACUCGACCCAUCAGCAGUGAGUAUCGACUGCUCGGGACAAGUUGCAACAGAUCCUUUACUUCGGUUCUAUAUUCCAAGUGGAGUUGAAAUCCCCCCUAAUACUUUUGGAACUAUGCAUAACGAAGCGAAGAUUCGAGGAUCCAUUCUGAUGCCGGUCUUCGACAUCAAGUGGAACACACCAGAAGCGCAAGGUUCUUUCAGUGGAGCGCAUGGUGACGUGCAUAUUUCUCGCGAAGCAAUAGUUCUCAACUCUUCUGCUUUCACAUACGAUCUUUCAUCUAAACUACACACCUUGCACCCUCCAAUUGAACCUAACAGAACCAGAAUCUUUGAGUACAAGCCUGCUCCACCACCUACCAUCGAAGGCCUUGAUCUAGACCUGCGACUACGGGGUUUCGACGUAAUGGGCAUGUCUCCUGUGAGAUCACCUCUUACACCUUCUUCCCACAUGAAAGUGACGGGCAAAGUCAAGUUCAACGGGCAUGUGCCAAAGUCAGAGUAUGAUGAGGCUGUGGGAUCGUCUUCUGGAGUAGAAGCAAAUUAUCGUCCUGGAAUUUCAGGAAAUGGAAUUCCCGGCCUAAAGGGCGAGAUUUCACUAUCGGGCGUGAAACUGAAUCAGCUACUUGUGGCUCCUCAGUUGAAUGGUUCUUUGGAAAUAUCUCCAACCAGCUUCAAGGUACAUACAUCAGGGAGGCCUGAUGAACAUCUCCACGUUGUGGUAUCAAAACACCCAGUUGGUACUGCGCCGGCUCAAGAUUCCUUCUUUGAACCAUUUGGAGAAGGCGCCUCGUUCUCUUUAUUGAGGGGUCAACUUCGCACUGACCUGCACUUCCAGCCUGGCCACUCAGCAAAAGUGGAGAUACGUAACUUGCAGCUUGAUGAACUGGAACUCGCAUCAUUGCGAGGUGCAGUACAAAAGGCGGAGCUUGCACUAAAUUUUCAGAAACGGAGGGGUCAAGGGAAUCUAUCGGUUCGUCGACCCCGUUGUAGUGGUGUACAGGGAGAAUCACUUGAUAUCAAUGCGCGAUGGUCUGGUGAUGUGAUCACUCUUGACAAGUUACUUCUAGAGCAAGCAAAUAGUAGAUACGAAAUGCAGGGAGAGUAUGUCCUUCCUGGGUUACGUGAUCGAACAGUUAUAGAGAAAGGAAAGGAAGAAAGAAUGUGGGAGAAAGCCAUGGCAGGGCAUUUGGGCAACAUGAUCACCUCUAUGGGGCGAUGGCGGCUGAGGCUAGAUGUUCCCAAGGCUGAAGUGUCUGAUAUGCUGCCAGUUGCCCGGCUUCUUUCGAGGAGUAGCGACCCAGCCGUAGUUUCUAGGUCAAAGGAGCUGUUUCUGGAAAGCGUAUCAGCUGUGGGGUUCACUGCGGAAACUCUGAAGGAUCAUCUCGAGUAUCUGCGACAGAGUAAAGGAACGACUACAUCAGAGGGCACUCCGGAGUCCAUUCCUCUUCCUGGUUUGGCAGAGUUGAGAGGUGCAUGGCAUGGAACUCUUGAAGCAAGUGGCGGCGGAGACGGCGAUACAUAUGCUGACUUUGACCUCCGUGGCGAAGAAUGGGAAUGGGGUGCUUACAAAACCAAAAGGGUAAUAGCUAUCGGAGAUUACUGCAACACAGAUGGGCUUCGGCUAGAGAAAUUUUUCAUACAGAAAGAUACUGCUACCUUGCAUGCCGAUGGGACACUUCUUGGACCAAAGCCCAAUCUCCACUUUGCUGUUUUGAAUUUUCCUGUUGACCUUGUUCCACCCCUGAUGCAUGCAAUUCAGUCCUCAACUCCCGAACCUUUCUUAACCCCCUCUACCCGACCUUACAAUACUCCAAUUAAAGGUGUACUAUACAUGGAAGGUGAUUUGCGGGGUCACUUAGCGAAGCCCCAGUGUGAUGUUCAAAUUCGGCUGUUAGAUGGAGCUGUAGGAGGUAUAAGUCUGGGCAAGGCAGAAAUGGCUGCUUCAAUAACUUCAGCCAAUCGACUAGCUUUUAAUGCAGUCUUGGAACCUAUUGCUCAAACUGGGCAUGUCCGUGUUCGUGGAAGCUUGCCAAUGGGCCCAGGUGGGCUGGAGGAGCAUGAGGUCGAAGUUGAAGAGAAAGACAAGGAAAUGCGGAGCAGGACAAGAGGGUGGGGAAGGGAAAGGAACCGAGAUCGGAAGGAUGACGAAGAAGACGAAAAGAGUGAGAGUGUUGAGAAAGGAGGAGAAGAAGGCUGGGAAGUGCGCCUUGCCGAGAGCCUCAAGUCCCUAGACGGAGAAAUUCUUGAAAGCGGUGCAGUGCAAGUUGACGCGGCAGUUAAAGAUGGAGGCAUGAUGUUGCUAACUGCCAUUUCUCCUGGCUUGCAUUGGCUUCAAGGCAGUGCAGAUAUCAAGCUGCAGGUGAGAGGGACUGUGCAGCAACCAGUUGCAGAUGGAGUAGCAUCUUUCUACAAAGUUGCUAUAUCAUCUCCAGUCCUUCCCAGACCAUUAUCGAAUCUAGGAGGCACUAUCCGUGUAAAAAAUAACCAACUUUUCGUCGAGGGGUUAGAAGGGCGUGUUGGUCGUAGGGGUCUCGUUGAAGUCAAAGGCCAGCUUCCCCUUAAAGACGGCGACUUCUUAACAAGUGGUGACGCUAUUGAACUGAAGACAGAACAUCUUGAAGUGCGAGCUAGAAAUGCUUUCAGUGGUCAGGUAAAUAGUCAGGUGCGGUUGAUGGGAACGCUGCUUGAACCAGAAGUAACGGGUAUGAUAAAGCUUAGCCAUGGAGAAGCAUAUCUUUCUCAAGAGAAGGGCAAUACUGCUCCUCCAUCAACAAUUUCUUCCAGCCCGCCAGGAGGAGGAUACAGCUGGAUGGCAGCUGCUUCAAGUGUCGCUCGACAUGGUUCUGAUAUCUUCCCUCUACCUGAACUUGUUAGCCAAGUAGCGGACAAGAGGGAAGACACCAAAGAUGGAAGGAGUCUUGGUCCUCUACCGCCGGUAGACAUUCGACUGCGAGGUUUGAAGCUUGUACUGGGUCCAGAAUUGAGGAUGGUCUAUCCAUUGAUACUCAACUUUGCCGUCAGUGGAGAAUUAGAACUCAAUGGUUAUGCAGAUCCUCUUCGCGUCAAACCAAGGGGCACACUGACUUUUGAAAAUGGUGAUGUUAAUCUGGUAGCCACUCAGGUGAGGUUGAACAAGGAUCAUCCGAACAGAGCUAAAUUUGAGCCUGAACAAGGUCUAGACCCCAGUUUGGACUUGGCUUUGAUGGGUGCGGACUGGCAGCUUAAGGUGCAAGGGCGAGCUAGGAACUGGCAGGACAAUAUUGUGGUCAGCUCUACUCGCUCUGGCGAACAAGAUGCUCUGACACGUAUGGAGGCGGCCCGAGUAUUUGAAAGCCAACUUGCAGAGUCUCUGCUAGAAGGAGAUGGCCAGCUUGCGUUCAAAAAGCUUGCCGCUGCAACAGUGGAGACUCUCAUGCCUCGUAUUGAAACCAAAGGAGAAUUUGGACAAGCUCGAUGGCGUCUAGUAUCUGCUCCUCAAAUUCCUAAUUUGCUCUCUUUGGAUCCCACUACAGACCCCUUCAAAUCUCUUGCCAACCUGUCAUUUGGAGCAGAAGUAGAAGUGCAGCUUGGUAAACAUCUGCAGGCAUCAGUGGUGCGGCAACUAAAGGAGUCUGAGAUGGCAACUCAGUGGACUUUAUUGUACCAACUGAACAGCAAGCUGCGGUUGCUCUUCUCGUCUAUCCCUUCGGUGGACAACCGGUUGCUAUUUGAAUAUUCUGCCACUUCACAAAAUUGAUCUUCUUGUACAGAAUUGUUGAUUAUUUUCACCAUCCCCAUCGUCUCUCCUUGCAUUUAUAGAAUGAUGGUACCUUCGAAAGAAAGAACGCGGGUUCUUUGAGGGAUUUAUCCCUCUGCAUUUUUUGUCAAAGUUUCAUCGACGGGAGUAAUAUCCUUCAGAGGAGUGCUCCGCUACCUCAUCCCACCCUUAGGGCUUUUAGCUUGAUCUUCGGAGUUGACAGCUUCGCAAGUGUCCAGAAUAGGAAACUCUGUGUACAUGUCUGGUACGAAAGAUGUCCAACAUCUUCAUGUUUCUAAUCCGCAAUCCAAUAUUAGUUUGUCGCCUUUCAGUAUAGUGGGCGACUUUGUAAUGAGACUAGGAUAUUUCACCGAUGAGCGAAACUACUGUGAUAGAUUUGACGACAAAUCAACGGUAGCUACAUGCCCAGUGUUCCAUCCACCAAUACUGGGUCCUUUGUACCAUGAUGUUUAUCAAGCGGUGGAAAUUGCCCACGAGUUUGUCUGGA